GUCAUUCCGCUGUUUGCUGUGACUGGAAGAAAAGUGCGAGAUUUUAAAUUGUUAUCUGGAAAUAUAAACGGAGAUAUAAAAUACAAUAAAAGUGAAAAUGAGUGGAAAGAAGGGAAACUUGAAUGAAAGAGAAAUUGAAGAUUAUCUUAGUAAGUUAGAAGACGGUUGGCUCUCAGAAGACGGCCUUGAUGACCAAGAUUCCGAUGAUGAAAACAGCGAUGCUGGUGAAGUUAUAAGAGUGUUGCAGGAGGAGAACGACGAUGACGAUGAUGAUGAUGAUGAAACUACUGACAUUGAUCCUCCUCUUGUAGAACCAGAAGAUCAAGAACCCUCUCACCCAUCAACUUCAUCCAAUUUGCAAUCUUCAUCCAGUUUUCUAUUUGACAAAAGAAGCUUGAUUUGGAAAAAAAGGAAUCUAGUGUAUGACUCUGAUAAAAUUACUUUCUUGGGGAGUUCUACUGCUUCAGGUGGUCUAUCACACCUAGAAACUCCAUAUCAAUGUUUUAACCAUUUUAUCACUGAAGAUUUUAUCAAAACAUUGGUAGAGGAGACAAAUUUAUAUAUAAUACAGAGUAAUCCCAGUUCAUCUAUAACAUUUACAGAAUAUGAUUUGUAUAAGUUUUUUGGUAUAUUAUUAUACAUGUCAGUAAUCAAAUUUCCUAGCACAAGACAGGACAGGCUUUAUAAAAUCCGCCCUGUUAUCAAGCAUCUCAAUGAGAGGUUUGCCACAGUGCCAAUGAAUCAAAGACUUUCUGUGGAUGAACAGAUGUGUUCUACCAAAAUAGGACAUUUUUUAAAACAGUAUCUGCCUAAGAAGCCACAUAAAUGGGGCUUCAAAUUAUAUGUUCUGAUCCCAGAUGAACCAGAUCUUGGUGCAACAGGAAAUGUUGUAGUUUGUUUGCUUCGAGGAGUGCCAAGAAAGCAAAACCACAUCAUAUACUUUGAUAAUUUUUAUACCUCUUUGCCAUUGGUAGUUUUUUUAGCGAAAUCAGGAAUUCACACAGUGGGAACUGUGUGAAAAAUCUGUGCCCAGAGGUAGUUUUGAGGAAAGAGUAUCUGUGCAUGAUGGUAUAGAUUUGAGUUGUGUGGCUUGGAAAGAUAAUAAGAUAGUAACCCUGUUAUCUUCUUAUUCUGGAGCAUCACUAAAGUCAGUAGAUUUGACAGGAUAACUAAAGGAAAAAUUGAUAUUACUUGCCCGUUUAUUGUCCAAGAGUACAAUAAACAUAUGGGAGGAGUAGAUCUCAUGGAUAGCUUUUUAGGCAGAAAUCAUAUAAAAUUGAGGUCUAAAAAGUGGUAUUUGCGUAUUUUUUUUCAUCUAUUUGAUCUAGCUAUUAUAAACUCUUGGAUUAUUUAUAAAAAAAAUGCUCAAGAAAGAGGUAAACCUAAAAAGAGUCUGCUUACAAUGGGCCAAUUCAGAAAUGAAUUGGCCUUUGUGCUAUGCAACAGAGGAACCAUCAUAGGAGCUAAAAGAGGGCGUCCUAGUACCAGUAUACUAGAAGAAGAACUACAGUCAAAAAAAAGAAAAGGUUCUCCAGCUCCACCACCUCCAAAAGAGAUAAGAAAAGAUGGUGCUGAACAUUGGCCAAAAGUAGGGGGGUCACUCCGGUGCAAAUUUCCAAAAUGCAAAGGAUAUUCCACAAUUUCGUGUAAUAAAUGUGGCAUCAAUUUAUGCUUAAAUAAGAACAAUAAUUGUUUUUAAAAUUAUCAUAAAGAAGAUUG